UCUGUGCUCUCAAAGAAUAUUCCGAACAAAAGCGGCUUGUAGCCCUCUGAGCGAAAUACAGCGAAUCCCUGUACUUUCUAGUUGUUACUGAAUCAAAAGCGUUAUAGGAAAAAUAAUUUCGAAAAGGAAACCGAACAAGAUCGGAAUUUUAUUCUCCUUACCCACUGACUGUUCGGCCCAGUUUUCGCCUCCGGUAGCCCCGCGACGGAAUUUCUAGGGCUUCUGGGACCUCUUCACAGGCGGUAUUUGACUCCGACAUUCUUAUGUUUACGCCGCAGAGAAAGGGAUGGUCUGCUACAGCGUCUUUUACACCCCAGAGAAGUGGGGUCGGGGCGAGUUCGAACCUCAUUAAUUCCGGAAAAGGGAAGGCAGUUGCUUUUGCCGAUGACCCACCGCCGCCAUUGGGUUCUCUGAGUGAGAACCAGGAGAAGAUGGUGGUGGGGUUUGACUCCAUGGGGAAUAUUGAGGAUUGGAAGAAAUUUAAGGAGGCGGGACUGUUGGACGAAGCGGUGAUGCGGAAGAAGGACCAUGAAGCACUCAUGGAGAAGGUUUCGAGACUUGAAAAAGAGCUUUAUGAUUACCAGUACAGCAUGGGCCUCCUGCUGAUAGAGAAGAAAGAAUGGAGUUCAAAAUUUGAUGAACUGAGGCAGGAAUUAGUUGAAACUCAGGAGAUUUUUAAACGGGAGCAGUCAUCACACUUAAUUGCAUUAUCUGAAGCUGGAAAGCGAGAGGAAAAUUUAAGGAAGGCUUUGAACACAGAGAAGCAGUGUGUGACUGAUCUUGAAAGAGCUUUACGUGCAAUGCGAGAAGAGCAUGACCAAGUCCAGUGUUCAUCUAAGGCAAAGUUGGCUGAAGCAAGUGCAUUGGUUGAUGGAAUUGAAGGGAAGUCUUCAGUUGUUGACCGGAAGUUACAUGAUGCAGAAGCUAAGCUAGCUGAGGUAAACAGAAAAAGUGCUGAGCUGGAGAUGAAAUUGCGAGAAGUUGAGACUCGUGAAAAUUUACUUUCAAAGGAGCAUUUGUCAGUAGUUACUGAUCGAGAAUCAUUUGAGGCAACCUUCUACAAGCAAAGGGAAGAUUUAAAGGAGUGGGAGAGGAAUUUAAAGCAACGAGAAGAGAUGCUGUGCAAGGGCAGGCAACACCUCAGUGAGAGAGAGGAGAAGGAAAAUGAAAUCGAUAAGAAAUUGAAGCAGAAAAAGAGAGAACUAGAAUUGCUGGAAAGGAAGAUUGAUUCCUCUAACUUCUCAUUGAAAGAGAAGGAAACUGAGAUCAGUAAAGCAGUUCAAGAUUUAGAAACAAAAGAAAAAGAAGCUGAUUCUUUAAAGAGCAUGCUGGAGGCGAAGGAAAAGAAAUUACUUGCAAUUGAACAUCAGCUAAGUGCUAGAGAACGAGAGGGAAUCCAGAAGCUCCUUGGUGAGCAAAAGGAUGUGUUGGAUUUGAAGUUACGGGAAUUUGAACUGGAAAUGGAACAAAAGAGGAAGUCCCUUGAUGAGGAGUUCAAAGAUAAGGUAGAAUCCUUGGAGCAGAGGGAGGCUGAAGUCAACCAUAGGGAAAAGAAGCUUGGGAAGGAAGAGUUAGCAUUGGGUACGAAGGCUGAGAGGAUAAAGGAGCAGGAAAAGGAAUUUGAGGCAAAGUGGAAAUCACUAAAGGAGAAAGAAAAAAGUAUGAAAAUUAAAGGGAAAGAAUUGGAGAUGGAAAAGAAACAGCUGCUUGCUGAUGUUGAGACUACAGAGAAGCUGAAAGUUGAGGUUGAAAAGAUAAGAGCUGAAAUUUCUAAGCAGGAGCUGCAAAUGAUCAAGGAGAGAGAGGAUUUAAAAAUAACUCAGGGUGAGAGGGAAGAGCAUUCCUGGUUGCAGUCGGAACUGAAACAGGAGAUUCAGAAUACCAGAUUGCAGAGAGAAUAUAUUUUGAAGGAAACUGAAAGCUUAAAGCAAGAGAGAGAGAGGUUUGAGAAAGAAUGGGAAGUACUAGAUGGAAAAAGGGCUGAAAUUAGUAGAGAGCAGAGCAUAAUUGAUGCAGAGAAAGAAAAAUUUAGGAAACUGCAACAUACUGAGGAAGAAAGGUUGGAAAGAGAGAAACAGGCAAUGCAAGAUCAUAUAAAGAGAGAGUUGGAGAAGCUUGAACUGGAGAAGGAAUCAUUUGCAGAUACUAUGAGACAUGAUAAGCUAGUUUUGUCUGAAAAGACUAAAAAUGAUCAUGCACGGAUGCUUCAAGAUUUUGAAUCCCGGAGAAGGAAUCUUGAGAAUGAAAUACAGAAGAAGCAAGAGGAAAUGGAGCAAGAUUUGCAGAAGAGAGAGAGUUCUUUUCAGGAGGAAAUGGAAAAAGAGCGUGAAAAUAUUGAUUUCUUGAAGGAUGUGACAGAGAAAGAAUGUGAAGAAGUGCGGUUUGAACGACAAAGAUUAGAGAAUAUAAGAAAGGAGAUUGAAUUAAAUAAACAGGAGCUGGAGUCAGCCCAUUUUGAAAUGCAUGAAGAUUCUGAAAUGCUUAUGAACUUGAGCAGGAAGGUUAAGAAGGAGCGUGAGCACCUUAUGGCUGAAAGGAGUCGCUUUCUUGCUCUUGUUGAGAAGCUGAGGGGCUGCAAGGGCUGUGGAGAAAUUGUUAGGGAUCUGGUUGUAUCUGACCUUCAGCUACCUGAGUUUACGGAGAGGGUGGUUAUCCAUUCACCCAUUUCAUCAGUGCUAGAUAGUAAUCCUCAGAAGAAUUUGGGGUAUAAUAAUGCUGCUUCUGACAUGAAAAAUUCUGGAUCUAGGUCUGUGUCUUGGCUCCGCCAAUGCGCUUCAAAGAUUUUGAAUUUGUCUCCAAGUAGUAAAAGGGAUGUCAUUAAAUCUUCUGGCAUGGAUGAUUCAUCUCCAUUGUCAGAUCUGAAAGUUAAUACAGAAAGAGCAGAGGGUUCUGCAUCUUUUUUGAAAGUAGAAGGCACUAGAGAUAUUCUUGGAGAACUGCAUCCAAUAGAUGGAAUUGCUCAUCACUCUUCAGAUGUUCAGCAGCUCCAAUCUGCUAACUUUAUUAGAGAUGUGGAUGAGGGAUGUGAUCCAUCUUUAGAUCAUUAUAGUUACGCAGACAGUCUGGUAGAAGGAGGUCCUGAGGAUUCUCAGCAGUCAGUUCCAAAGAGACGGAGAGGCAGACCUGGUAGGAGACCCAAAGCCGGAGUCAACAGAACACUCUCUGUGAAGGCAGUAGUUGAAGAAGCAAAGGAGUUCCUAGGAAAGGCUUCAGAGGAACUAGAUAAUGCAAAUACGCAAUCUCUUAAACCUGAUCAUGCUAAAGGUGACAGUCUAGAAGAGUCCGCUCAGACUGAGAAAGCUCUCGGUAAAACUAAAAGGAAGCGGCAGCAUGUGCAAACUUCUAGGGCCACACAGAGUGAGCAGGAUGCUUAUUCUGAAGGACAUUCUGAUAGUAUUACAGCUGGUGGGCGCAGGAAGAAAAGGCAAACAGUUCCUCCCCCUGAAGAAAUUACUGGAGAGAGGAGAUAUAAUCUCAGGCGCCACAAAACCAGUGCGGCCACAGUUCCAUCAGCUCGGGCAUCCAAGGAAAAAAAGACCGUUGAGCAAGAAGCUACUGGUGGUGAAUUGAGGGAUGGACAAAGCCCAGAAGUUGUCCCUGGUCCUUCAUCAGUUGUUGCUGAUGGCAAUGCUCAAAGCAAACACAAAGUGGAGGUUUUGACCGUAAACCAUGUAGAGUGCACAGAUGAAAGAGUUGUAAGGUUUGAAGAACCUAGAGACAUAGUUGACGACAAUGGCGACGAACCCAAACCCGGGGAAGUUGAGCUGAGUGAAGAGGUGAAUGGUACCCAGGAUUAUGAAGAUGAGUAUGGAAGCACAAUCCAAGAAGCUGAAAUUGAAUAUGACGAUGAAGAAGAUGAAGAAGAGGGUGAAGAAGAAGAUGAAGCAGAACAGGAGGAUCACAAUCCGGGUGAGGUAUCAAUUGGUAAGAAGAUAUUGAAGUUUUUUACAACAUGAUGGAAGGAGCUUUUUUCUACCCCUUCCAUCCAACAGUAGAAAUAACAUCUUUGUUCCUUUGAAAAUAAGGAGUUUAGGCAUGUAAUAUUUUUAUAUUUGCCAUGGGGUUUACCUCCAGAUUUGUCAAGAUUAUUGUCUUGCUGGCAGAUUAGAUAGUGUUCAGUUUCUGGGUUCUUUUUUCUGUUA